UCCAUCUUCUCAAUAGAGUCGCCCCGUCGUGGGUGCAAUCGAGACUGGGGGAAUAUAACUGGGAAGGUGCGAGCUUUCCCGACGCUCCUCUGAGUCUGGCUUUCGGGGUCUAUUUUUAAAAACGUUACAUCCAUUUAUAGCUCAGGCAAACAAAUUCGCAAGCCUUUAAUCCCGCUCAUCGGAUUCCGUGAGCCCGACGUCCAUUUUCUUUCUCCCGCCUACGUUGUCUGCCCUCCAGGCGUCAGGGCUUUUAUUUUCUCAGGGCGGUUCUGGGCAGAGAUCGGAUGCGAGGAGCCGUCUCGCUGACUUCAGCCCGCGCCUCGAGUCGCCUCCCAAGGGCGCUUUUGCGAGGGGAAGAGCAUCGGAAAAGAGGACGGCGCCCAUUUUUCCCGCCGUCGGGGAAAAGUUGUCCGGUAGAUGUUCUGCGAGGGUCGGCGCAAGCAGUUCAAGGGCCGCCCGUCCUGCAGUUGACUCCUUCCCUUCCUACGUAGCUACUCAAAGCACCUGUAGCCCGUAUCCUCCGGGGGGCCGUUCGCUCGCCCGCCCGCCCGCCCGCCCGCUUUCAGCAUGGUGGAUUUGUUCAGCGGGCGGAUCCUCGUGAACCUGGAGGGCGGCUUCGUGGACCCCGAGCAAGCUUUGGAGAACAAAAUCGUUGGCUUGUACUUUUCGGCCUCCUGGUGCUCCCUCUGCAGAGACUUCACACCCACGCUAUGCGAUUUCUACAGCGAAUUGGUGGAUGUCGUCACUCAUCCGGCCCCUUUCCAGAUCGUCUUCAUCUCGUCCGACCGCAGCCGGGAAGAAAUGACGAGCUUUAUGUACAAGAUGCACCCGGGCUGGCUGGCCUUGCCCUUCCACGAUCCACUUAAACAGUGA